AUGCCUAAUGGACAGUGUAAGGACGACGCUGUCUCCCGAAUCGAUGCUGCCCACUGGGUUUUCUCAAGCCUUCGGAAAGGCCUAUGGAUCGUACGUGACCUCUCCAUUGCCACUAUGAUUCGUGUGUACCGUGCAUCUGGCCGGUCUGUCCUUCUCUAUGGGUGUGAAUGCUGGGCUUUGCGCGUGGAGCACGAGCGAAAAAUGGAGGUAUUUGACCACCACUGCUUGAGGACCAUCCUUCAAGUGAAGUUCACCGACUUCGUCUCAAAUGAGACAGUCCUCGCUCACUGCGACAACAUCGCAAAGAUAACUCAGACCAUACAAGAAAGACGACUCAGGUGGUUCGGGAAUGUUCUUCGUCGUCCGCCUCAGGAGCUCAGUGUUACUGCCCUCGAUCCGGCACCGUUGCCCCAUUGGAGGCGUCGAAGAGGGGGUCAGUUCAAAACCUGGCUCGACACAGUUCGUCAAGACAUGGAGGUGGUUCUUGGAAUUUCGGCAUUCGGUCUCCGCCGUUGGCGAAGGGAAUGGGUUGAGCUGUCCAGAUCUGCUGCCGCGGAUGGUCACGCGUGGAGAGGUACAGUUCUUGGCGUCAUCGAGGCCGGCUAGAUCAGGCAUGAUCAGAGUCGUAUCAAGUACAAGUAAGUAAGACGGUAGAGUCGACCAUGUUGGCUGGUCACCUUUCGAACUUCGAGUGGAGGUGCCACUUUAAGGCUGAAAAUAGAGUCAUUUUUUGGUUUGAAAAUCAACCAACUGUGAAGAAGGAGAUGCGAUCUCUGGAACAAGAGCUUUUCGCCAGGCGUUCCAGAUUCCUGCACGAACCCAUCAGCAGAUGCGGAUGGUUCAUGCACAAGGGGCUGUAGUAUUUAUCGGAUGCAAUCGCCAUACCACCGGAUACCAAUUGAAUAUUCAAGGCUUUCUCCCUUUAUCCGCGAACGUCGCACUUGGUGGGCUAAUUGUUUGGCGUCGUUACUUGCUGCAAUUUCACCACGUGCAUUGGAUGUUGGCAUAGUGAUUGUUCGACCAUCUAACGCACCGACCUUGGUGCUGGGAAAAGUGUUCACCUGUGCGCUCCCCGCAUGGCUAAUUACUCCGCCUUGACGAAUUCUCAACAUCGAAUAUGCAGGGGGAGGUCAUUGCACUUGUUAAUAGACUGAGUACCAGUGAACCGUGACUCAAGUAGCUUGCGGGUUUCGCAAUUGUCGACCUCAGCGAGAAUUUCGGCCCCAUGGAAUUCGAAUGUGUGGACGGACCUCGUCGAAUGAUUCGCAACUUGAGAGCUGGCGUCAUUUCUCAGCACUACUGCUGUGUGUUCUGCCAGUCCCGUUCGCGGCAGUUUUCCGGUUUCUCUGACGUAGUUACCUUGUGCGGAACUGCACCAGUUUCGAUAAACGACCGCAGACGCUUCUUGUCGUAACAGUAGAUCUUUAAGGUCUCGUUAACUGACGCCUGAUGGCAGUAUCCGGGGUGUGAGAAACUUUAACCCCGAGUGGUACGAGAAGUCGGCUGACGACUCACGAGACAUUCAAGACUUACAGAAGCGCUCACCAAAAUUCGGGAUUCCUGCGACUUGGUCUUUCCUUCCGUCUGCGCAUGCACCAGCUGACGAAGUUAGGCGGGCAGCCAUAAGCUCUGAACGCUUGCAGAAGUUAUUGUGCAUCAACCACCCGUUUCUGCUUUUGUCUCUGAUGAUGGGUUCGAGCAGGAAUCCGAAACGUCAGGCUAAUAAAGCUCUUGUCCCAGCAAUCGUGUCUCCUUCUUCAAGGUCACCACAAUCUUUGCGACAUACGAGGACAUCCCGGAAGGCCAGCUGGUUGUUCUCCUCCUCCAUUGUAAAUUGUAUGUCCAGAAAGACCGCAUUCAAAUGUUCCUUGAAUAUUAGCAGUUGAUCCCGGAGGAUGAUGACGAAGGUAUCAUCGACAUACCGGGCCCAGAACUUCGGUCUGUGGUGUUGGAAUACCAACAACUUUAACCAUUACAGGACCGCCUCGGAGCUGAGUCCCGAAAUCGACAAAUCCGUUGGCGUUCCCUUCGCCUGCUCGUAGAUUGUUCCAUCAAACGUGAAGUACGUCUUGAAACUGGACUACAGGAGCUGAAGGAUUUAGGCGUGCCCAAGACGAUUUCCCCUUUCAUCGAAGCAGCUCGAUGGUCUCGAUCGCCAGCUAUUGGGGAACAAAGUAAAAAGGGACGUGAUAUCAAGUGAUACCGUGACCUCACAUGGAAGAAAGCUUACCCCCUUUAAGUUUCUCUAGGAAUUGUGCCGACAAACAGACGUGGUGUCUGACUCAGUGGUCAGGAACUUGAGACACCGGAACAGCCACUUUGCCAGUCCGUACGUUGGAGUACCCUCGGAGUGCAAUUAGGGCUCGCAAUCCAGUUCGAGAGUCACCUUUGGCAGACUACUGAACCAAAACCCUCUGAGCCUAAAGAAGAUGAUUACCUCAAAUCGAAUCUGAUAAACUGCUGUCAGCAGUAUUUAAGGAAGGCUCCAAGCAACGAAGGUCCCCUGACAAGGGUCCACCUCGAUAGUCUCAAGGGGCUUCGUGAAAAUGAAAAUAUCGUGCUAAUCACAUCCGACAAGUUUGAAAGACACCUUUGAGUUUGUCGAGGCUAUCAAGAAUAGUAAUGUUGCUGUAACGGUGCUGUCGUUAGAUGUCUCAUGACUGUUCACCACCGUGCCCGCAGUAAAGAUAACAAGCUACCUAUGUGACUGCAUCGCGGAAACAAACUACCCGACAGGUAUGCCAAUGAAAACGUGAAAAGAACUCCCAACAUAUUACAGAAAAAAAUGUUCAGUCUAUCUUCAACGGCCAACUAUACAGGUAAAUAGACGGCGUGGCGAUGUGCUCAUCGUUUGAUUCGUUUCUCUCGAAUAUUUUCAUGGGAAGAGUAGAGAAGACGAGGUUACAAAAUACUAUUAAUGAUCUUGGCUUCUACGGUGGGUACACGGACAAUAUCUUCUGCUUGAAAGAGCGUACCACCGACACCGGCGCCCGGGGCCAAAUGUUUAACAGUGCGCACCCUUCAUUCCUGCUCCUGUGGAGCGGGGAACAUUAGCCGUACAACGAGGAGUCUGAAAAGGAGGGUACGCAAACGCAUGCUUGCCUGGCUAGGCAAAGAGGAAAAUCGAUCGAUUUCAAGUUCGAUUCUCACACAUCUAAUCUAUACGAACCACCAAAUCGACCCCAAAGAAGACUUUCAAGUUAUCUACUGGGCGCCAACACACUACUCUAAAGGCCUGCGUAAGCGGGUGCUGGCAACAGCCGAGGCAGUGGCCAUUCGAUUAGCGAAUCCGGCAUUUUGUUGUUAGAAGAUGUUGGCACAGGCAGUCGGUCUUCCUUGGUUGACUCCAGUUGGUCAUCGCACGCCCCCUCCCCCUCCUCCCCCCGACGCCCUGAGAACAGUCACACGCAGUCAGCGUGUUUGACACACAGACGGCGAUCGCAAUCUAACCCGAACCCCGCUCCUUCCUCCCCCUCAGUCCAGCCCUACCGUCCUCAACACGCUGACUGCAUCACGAAGGCGAUGUGGGAACAAGGAAUCUGACUAACCCUGCCCUCUCAGACAUAUUUAAAACCUGUCCAUAGCUCACGAGUUCAGUAUCCAUUUAAUUGUAUUGGCCUGACGAUGAAUUAUCGAAAAUAUGUGUUUGCCAACUUACUCUUAACAGAUCUGUUUCCUCAGCCAGCAAUCGACGAGUCCUCUCGCAUCUUUAUGGAGUACGAACGAGUGAUGUGAAUGCCGCAAAGAAACCGUCCAGCGUCAGUCUAAACCAACCAGCGAACAUAAAAUGAUUUGUAGGUGCUGACACCACUGCACUCAUCUCAAUCCUUCCCAUGCGCUCUCAGAAAUCACUUCCUUGCCAUAACUGGAGACAAAUACAUGAACGCAGGCACCUUAUUAUUUAUUCCGAUACAGCCACGACAUCCAACACGCCCAGACCCAUUCUCGCCCCACCGUCACACGCGCCGACCACCACCACCGCCACCACCAACACCACUGCCUCCUCUACAGCUGACACCGACACCGCCGACCUCUCAUGCCCACAUUGUCCACGCACCUUCACCUCACGCAUCGGCCUGGUCGGUCACUUGCGAAUCCAUCGCACAGAGACUGGCGAACCAGUGCCUGGAGCACCAACCUACACCCACCGCACUCGCCUCCACUGCCGACACUGCCCUCGCACCUUCACGCAUCGCAUGGGUCUAUUCGGCCACAUGCGCAUCCACAACGACCUGCGGUAG